GAAAUACAGAUCUAAAUGUCAGAUCUAAAAAAUUGUUUGCCUUUCCCAGGGUCCUCCUUCCAUUCCCUGCACUUUGUUCUUACAUCUGUGUCAGAGCCUGGCCAAGGGUUGCCUCAGUUCAUCGUUGUUGGGUAUGUCGACAAUCAGCCUUUUUAUCGGUAUGACAGCAACUCCAGCAGGGUCCAGUCACCAGUGCCCUGGAUGAAGAAGGCAGAUGCACAAUACUGGGACACACAGACCCAAAUCAUGCAGGGCAAAUGGGCUGAAUUCAGAGCGGACUUGGAAACCUUAAGGAUUCGCUACAACCAGAGUGAAGGAUUUCACACCCUGCAGAAGAUUUACGGCUGUGAGCUGAGGAAAGACGGGAGCAAAGGAGCAUAUUACCAAUAUGGCUAUGAUGGAAGGGACUUCAUCAGCUUCAAUGUAGAGACUCUCACCUGGAUGGCAGCUGAUGUGCCAGCCCAGCACAUCAAGAGGACAUGGGAGACGGAGACAAAUAAAGCCCAGUUUGACAAGGUCAACCUGGAGGAAGAGUGCAUUGAGCAGCUGCCAAAAUACCUGGACUACGGGAAGGAGGCACUGCUGAGGACAGAGCCCCCUGUGGGGAAGGUGACACGCCAGGCAGUUGGUGGUGGCAAGGAAGCCCUCAUCUGCCAGGCCCAUGGCUUCUACCCCAAAGAGAUCGAAGCCACCUGGAGGAAGGGGGAGGAGAUCUUGGAACAUGAGACCUUCCGUAGGAACAUUGCUCCCAACUCCGAUGGGACGUACUACACCUGGCUCAGCAUUGAGAUUGACCCCAAGGAGAGGGAUCUCUACUGGUGCCAUUUGGAUCAUGCCAGCCUGCCAAAGCCUCUGGUCUUGGUGUUUGAAGAUCAUAAUGUCAAUGUGAGAGUUUUUGUGAGAGCCAUCUUGGGAGUCUUGGCUAUUCUGCUGCUGGUUGCUGGAAUUGCCUUCUUUGUCACCCCCAAGCGAGGUGUGAGAAGAGCAGAGGGGGACCUACAAAAGGCUGGUUGAAAAUUGGCUAUGCUCCUCAGGCCUUCCCUUUUUGAAAAACUGGCACCUGGUGAAUUCCUGCUGACCUAUUGGGGAAGAAACGACUGUGUCUUCUGUAGCUAUGAUUUCUUGGCUUCGGCUACAGUUAAUAAGCUCUGACUGGUGCUUUGUUGCAAGACUGUCUUGCCUGCCUGGCUCUACCCCUUGCGGGAAAAAGUCUGGUGAAGUCAUGUGAAGAGGAAAGAAUGAUCUUUAAUAACAUUUAAAAUACAGUACAGUGGAUCCUUCCCUUAUGCAGGGAAUCCAUUCCAGACCCCCCUGCAUAAGGUAAAUACUGUGUAUGCUCAAACCCCAUUUAAAACAAUGGGGCUUGUGCACAUGGUGCAGUGUGGCAUGCACAGUGUGGGCACCGUUACCUCUUCCAGUGCGCUGCUUCAUCGUAAGCUGAAAGCUGCACAUGGUGUGCCCAUGUAUGACUUGGGUGCACUGUACUUACAUUGACCUCUGGAUAAGUUGACUCAGGUUUUUUAGGACAGUUUUUUGACUAAACUUUCUAGACUUAUACAUGAGUAUAUACUGUAUAUAAGGGAGGAUAAGUGGAGACUCUUCUCUUUGGCUGCUGAGCAGUUAACUCUGGCACUUAAUGGUACGAUCAGUAUAUCUGCCUGUCAAAAUCCAUAGUUAUGUUUCUGUCAUGAUUGUUAUUGACUAUUGGGUUGUAUGAGUAUAUCUUUCCCAUACACUCAACUCAUACAUGAUCAAUAUAUAUAAACAAAUGGCAGGCUGGCCAAAUGGUAUGCAGAGAGAAAGGAUUUAUGACUUUAUGAUUCUGGAGAGGGUGCCUGUUCUUCCUGCAGUGAUAUGUGAAGGAUGUUUAUUUUGCUUUCCUUAUUGCAGUAGAAUGGUAGAGUUAGGGCUGCUGUAUAAGGGGGCAAAUGAGUAAGAAGGGAACUGUUAGAAUUUGCUUUGUUUAGGAACAAAGUCUGCAUUCCAGUAGCCCGAGGGUAGGGCUAGACAGUUUGAGUUUUAAUACUAUGGUAAGGUGGAGGGACCCUUUAGUUCUGAUGCAGAAACUUUGCUGGUAACUUCUGUCCUGAUGUCUUCAAUAAAAGUCUUUUGUACUCUGCCACAA